AUGUUACCUCCUCUUGACUUAUCAAUACAACAAAGUGGUUAUCAACCAAAAACAUUAUCUAUUCAUAAUAUGAAACGAUGGCAUAGUUUACCUAAAUUUCCUUCUCUUAAUAUCGAUGAUCAAUCAUCCAUACAUCUACUGUUAACCAAUGUACCAUUAUUAAACUUAUGUGUUGAAGAAAUCUUUCGUCGUCAACAUGGUUGUGAUGAUUUGAUUUGUUAUGAAAAUGUUAGCGACCCUUCAAUAAUACGACAAGAUACACAUUUAUUAUAUCAACUUUUUAUUAAUUUAAGUCAACAAUGGCGUGUAUCUGUACCACUACUUGCUUACAAUUAUGAACAGAUGAUUUCAUCGAUGUUUCAAUUAUCAUUAGAAGAUUUUGUAUGUCAUGUAUCGACAUUACGAUGGACAAUUGAUGAAUGGAAAUAUGCUCUAGAAUUUUAUUUACAAAUGGAUGUGGAUUGUUUCUAUUUAAAAACGUGUUCAUUUCGUAAUAGUAAACCACGGUCUAUUGAUUAUAUAAAUCAGAAUGUUGAUGAGGGUUUAUUUUGUAUCAAUCCACCAGAAGCACAUUAUGGUAUGAAACAAUGUUCUUAUCAUAAAUGUAGACUUUGUCAUAUACCUAAUUGUAAUGGGCGUUAUGCAUCAGCACUAAAAUUUACUGAUCAUCAAAUUCAUACAUUUGUCAAUCAAUACCAAGCUAUAUUAAAUUGUGAUGUCAAUUGUUCUUCCACCAAUGUCAUCUAUACAUUAACCUGUCCAUGUCAAAAAUAUGAUUAUGUUGGGCGUACGAAUGAUUCGUUUUACGAGCGCCUCUAUUAUCAUUGUUUACAAUGUUCAAGAAUUAUACGUGAAUUUCUUCUUGGUGAAACUAUUGUAAAUCGUUUCGGUCAACCAUCAUUAGAAACAGACGAAAUAUUGAAAAAUAAUUCGAUGGAUCUCUAUCGACAUAUCGUACAUUGUCAUGCAGCUUUACAAUUAUUUCUAAAUGUUCAUUCAACUUAUUGGUGUUUAAUACCAAUGACCGAUCAAGAAGCCGAUGUCGAUGAUGAUUUAUAUAAGCAUAUCAUUGAAACAAAGUUACUUUUAGAAAAUAUAACUGAUGAAAAAUUAAAUUCAUCAGAAACAACAACAACUACAAAUGAAGUUCGUACUAAUCAUAUUAUAAAUUGGUGUAUGGAUCAUCUUCCUCAACCACCUCUUCAUUAUCGUUUCUCAAAACGACAACUUCAAGAACAAUAUGAAUUUUUUAAAACAAAAUUAGAUUGUUAUCCAUUAUUUCGACAUCUCGAUAUUUAUCAUGCAACCAUCGUUAUUGCAUUGCCGGAAGAAUGUUCAUCUGAACUAUUACAUUAUGUCCAAGCGUUAUUAGUGACACAUGCUGAAUGUAAAUUAAAUACCAACACAGCUCAAUUUCCAUCUCAUUUCGAACGUUCAUUGAAUUGGUGUCAACAUUUACAACGGCCAUCGAAUCGAUGA